GAGUUCAUUUGCUGAAGAAGAAGAAGGACCCGUUUUCUCGCUACACAUCAGUUCUCCGGAGGUGCUACAAUGGCAGCGAGGACUUUCAUUUCCCGGUGCAAAAGGACACUAAACGACUGCGCAAGGCUGCUUGAAACUGAUGGUGAUCCUGAUCCCGCUUUGGCUCAGUCAGCAGUUAUGAGGCUGGAAACCAUGGAGAGGAGCCUUGAGUGGGCACAGGGCAGGCUAAUUGAGGCUCCUAUAGCACAUGCCCUCAUUCAGGAUCUUCAUGAAUACAUUGCUGAAGUCCGGAGAUCUUUGCCCACCACAUCAACACUACAAGGUGAUUCAGGCUACCAGGCCCCACUCAUUUUGACAGGUGGUCGUGGCCCCCCUCAAUAUCAGAUCUCAAGAGACCAGCUCAAAUUUCUGAGGACCUGUGACUUUACAGCACCACAGAUGGCACAGGUCCUGAAAGUUUCUGUGCGUACAGUGCGACGACAUCUCAGACAGUUACAUUUGAAAAAAGCCGGAACAUAUGCCACCAUCUCAGAUGAGGAACUGGAUGAUGUCAUCAAGGAGAUAGUGGCUGGAAAUCAGCAAAUUGGCCCUGAGUCUGUGAGGGCACAGCUGCGGGCCCAACAAAUCUACGUGCAGCGCCGCACAGUGAGGGAAAGCAUGCUGCGAAUAGACCCCGGGGCCGCGGCAGCUAGGGCAAUGUCACAGAGACGGCGCAGGCGAACUUACAGGGUGGCUGGACCAAACUCCUUGUGGCACCUUGACGGGAACCACAAAUUAAUAAGGUGGAGGAUUGUCAUCCAUGGGGGUAUAGAUGGUUUUAGCCGUCUUGUCGUCUUCCUCAAGGCCUCCGACAACAACAGGAGCAGCACUGUGAUGGAGAGCUUCUUGGACGCAGUGUCCAAAUAUGGCAUGCCUUCAAGGGUGAGAACCGACCACGGGGUGGAAAAUAACGCUGUCUGCCUCAUGAUGAACAUCCUCAGAGGCUCUCACAGAGGUAGUGCUCUCCGUGGAAGGAGCACACAUAAUCAGAGGAUAGAGCGGCUGUGGGGUGACCUGUGGCGAGAAAUUUGCAAUGUCUACUAUGACCUCUUCAGCUUCCUGGAGAACGAGGGCAUAAUAGACGUGGACAAUGAGAGACACAUGUUUGCUCUGCACUUUUUGUACCUCCCAAGACUGAACAGGGACCUCACACGUUUCAUAGACCAGUGGAACAACCAUGGGUUGAGGACAGAACAACAUGCUACUCCUCUGCAAAUCUUUGUCCGAGGUUGCUUGGAAUGGCAGGGCCAGACCACUACUGCUAUGCAGAGUGUGUUUGGAGAAGGACAAGAGGGACCUGCUGGAGAGCAAGGAAGUGGUGCCGGGGAGUUGAACUGGCCAGAGAGGGUCACCAUACCUCCAAACCAGUUCAUUUUGAGUGAUGCACACCUUGAGGAGCUCCGCACCAGAUGGGAUCCACUUGCUGGGCCAAUAGCACAUCUGGGAAUUGACACAAUUCGUGAUGUUGUGUCAUUCAUAGACUCAGUGACUGUUUAGAAUACAGCCUGACAGCUUUUUGACAAACUCACCACCUAUCCUGUGACGUUACAGUGCCCAUCUAUAGAGCGGUGUGUCUUUUUUUUUUUUUGCUCUAAUCUCUCCCCUAAUCACCAAAAUCAUUACAUUUACACAUUGUCAAAUGAAGUAUUUGCUGAUUCAGCAGCUACCUGACCUCAUCGACAAAGUCAUGGAGGAGUUUACCCAGAAGAAGAACCGCUGUGCCGCUUUUCUCUUCAAGUGAGCCAUCAGCUUUGGUGAGUGAAAGCAUAUUUUUAUCAUUCUGCCUUUGUGGUGCUGGUUUGUGCAUAAUUGGUCAUGUUUCUUUGUUUUAUUUAACCCUCCUGUUGUCCUCAAGUCAAGGAAGGAAGGAAGGAAGGAAAGGAGAAAGGAAGGAAGGAAGGAAGGAGGAAAAAAGGGAAGGGAAUGAGAAAAGAAAAGAGGAAGGAGGGAGGAAGAAAAGGCGGAAGGCAGGAAAGGAGGAAGGAAGGAGUAAGGUAGGACGGAGGAAGGAAGGAGGAGUAAGGUAGGACGGAGGAAAGAAAAGAGGGAAGGAGGGGA